AUGGACACGUGGCGCAUGGAAGGCUACGAGAGACUUCUUAUUCCGGCCGAGGCCCGUCGAGCCCCGCCAAAAACCCUCGUCCCUUUCUUCUUCCCGCAUGAGUUCUUCUUCCUGGAGUCAUUUCUUCUUCCCGCCGAGCCCCGCCAAAAACCCUCGUUCGUUUCUUCUUCCCGCUUGAGUUCUUCUUCGUCGAGCCAUUUAUUGUUCCCAACCUCAUGCCCUCGCUGUCUCACUCGUUUGCCCUUCUUGCGUCGCUCCUCCGGCUGUCGCUCCUCCGCCCAUUCCUCCGUCGCUCCUCAGCUGAAAGCCAGACCCACAGCUGAAGCGGAGGAGAACCAAACUAGCAGGGAUCUCUGCAUUUCUCAUGUAAUAGUGGAGCAACUUGGACCGAUGCUUCUGCAAGUAACCGCCGCUGCUAGUGUCAUUGGUAGAGGACACUUGGAUGUUUUUUUCUUUUUGCUGCUUUUUAAUAGAACUAUGGAAAUCUGAGCCAAAGAAUUGCCAUUUUUAUCAGCUUUUCUAUAUUUCCUUGCAACCACCUAGGGCCUUCCAGGGG